AUGAUGGACGCCGUUCGAGAGGCGCACCGGAAGGCCACCAAAGAUGUCCUUGAGGCAAGUAGACUGGCGAACAUGACCAUGAUGAGGUUCAUGUUGAAGGAGAUGCGGGCUGACCGCAAUGAGGCAUUGCCAAUAUUUGACAGAAUGUACAUCUGCCUUGAUGCUUGUAAGAAGGGAUUCAAAGCUGGAUGCAGGCCCUUAAUUGGGUUGGAUGGAUGCUUUCUGAAGGGCUAUUAUGGAGGUCAAUUAUUGAGUGCUGUGGGUGAAGAUGCAAACAAACAAUUUUAUGUGAUUGCAUAUGUCGUGGUUGAUAGUGAGACGAAGGACAAUUGGAAGUGGUUUCUGACAUUAUUACAGGAAGAUUUAGGGGACCAUGCAGUAUUUGGUUGGAACUUCAUCUCGGAUCAACAUAAGUGGAAGGAUAAAGAGACAAGAGGAAUUGUAUUGGAAUGUGCUAGAUGCACCACUGUUCCCCAAUUUGAGAAGGUCAUGCAAAGGCUGAAGACUCUAAAUGAACCAGCUUGGAAGUAUCUUGACAAUAUACACCCUUCAGCAUGGGUUAAAGCCUAUUACAGUCACUGGCCUAAAUGUGACAACAUCACGAAUAAUAUGGUUGAGGUGUGGAAUGCAAAGAUUGUCAAUUAUAGGGACAAACCUAUAAUGACAUUGUGUGAGGAAUUGAGAUGCUACAUAAUGCGAAGGAUGGCAGCACACAAGAGGAUUCUACAAACCACCUUUAGGGGUAAGAUAGCACCGGCACAACAGAAGAGGCUGGACCAGUUGAAGGUUACAAGCAAUUCUUGGACACCAACAUGGACUGGAAACUUGGUCCAAGAUCUGUAUGAAGUUUCUAGAAAGGGUCAACGUGUUGGGAUGAAUUUAACUCAGCAAACUUGCAGCUGUAAUGUGUGGCAGCUGACUGGAUUGCUUUGUGAACAUGCCAUUGCUGCCAUUGCACACAAGAAUGAACCUGUGGAAAAUCAUGUUCACCAAUGGCUAACAGUGGAUGCUUUGCAUGCCACUUAUGAACACACUCUGAAUUGA